CCCUAAGCUUCCUAGCAGUGAGGAAGUGGGUGACUGGUCCUCAAGCAGCUCUACUGGGGUAAACCUGAGCGGACAGCCGUUGAUGCUAGUGGAGAAGGUGGAUAUCCGUCGAAUACAGAACGUCAAACUGCCGGUCCUCAAGCCAAACACCGGGCGUAAGCUUGAGCGGAGAGUCGGUGGAGAGAGUGGAUCUGAAUAUCGAACGUCAAACUGUCUUCACCACGGUUGAUAUAUAUCAUACAACAAAACGCCACCAACUUGUAUCAACAAUCUAUGCACCCAGCAUACUUGUAUUUGCUUCCCUACAUUUGUAACAACCACCUUGAUGACGCAGAGUGAGACCUCAGUGUCAUUUUAAUCUGUUCAACUCAAGCUGCGUUAAAUUAGCAAAAUGUACAAGUAUCCGUUAAUGGCAUUCUUAAAAACGAAAAUACGUUGUUUUGCUUUAUUAAACAAAUCAGCCUUUCUGCCCAUAGUAGCGGCAGAAAAGCAGUAAAGAUUUUAAGUCUCUACAGUAAUAAUGUAAAAUAUUUUUAUCACUUGUUUGUCUGUGUCGGAUAUAUUUGUGGUUUAAAACUUUCCUUGUCCGAUUGCUCGACAUGGAUAUUAAAACGACUCAACACCUCGGGUCUUAAAUGUCAGGUUUUAAAAAUGAUUGACAUGUCAUAAAACUAAUAUGAUUAGCGUCUGGGGGUGGGACAACUACAAAAUAGACCAAUGAAGACGUAGCGUUUGCGCGUCUCGCUGAUCAGGAAGUUCUGUAAAGACGUCGAGUACCUGCCGGAUUCACAAAACACAGUGUGAAGUGACACGGUGGAGGAGAUGUACUGAGAUUUAUAUUUACUGUAACGGUUUUCAGCGGCCCUAGCAAUAUGUUUGCUUCAAUUGAAACGUGGCUUUGGCUUCUGAUGUGGAGUAAUCUGGCACUGAGUGUGUUUCCGAGUAGAGAAAAGACAGAGAAAAAUGUACUUUUCAUCAUAGCAGAUGAUCUGCGGCCGUCAUUGGGUUGCUAUGGAGACACAUUAGCAAAAUCCCCUAACAUUGACCAGUUGGCAUCCAAAAGUCAAACAUUUCUCAAUGCAUUCGCACAGCAAGCUGUCUGCGCUCCCAGUCGUACGUCUCUCUUAACUAGUCGCAGACCGGACACGACCCGGGUCUAUGACUUCGGCUCGUACUGGAGAGUCCAAUCUGGGAAUUACACAACUCUGCCACAGUACUUUAAAUCUAAUGGGUACCUCACCAUGUCUGUGGGCAAAGUAUUUCAUCCAGGCAUUGCCUCUAAUCACACUGAUGACUACCCCUACAGCUGGUCCAUCCCAGCCUAUCACCCCACUUCAUUCAUAUUUGAGAAAAAAAAGAUGUGUAAAGGAGAGGAUGGUAAACUCCAUGCCAACUUACUAUGUGCAGUGAAUGUAACGGAGCAACCUGGAGGUAUCCUGCCUGAUAUGGAGAGCACUGAUGAGGCAGUGAGAUUGUUGAAGACUCGAGUCAGUGAUGACACCCCAUUCUUCCUGGCUGUGGGUUUUCACAAACCACAUAUACCAUUCAGGAUCCCACAGGAGUACCUGAGUCUCUACCCCAUUGAUAACAUGACUCUGGCCCUUGACCCUGACGUUCCCAUACUCCUCCCCCCUGUGGCCUAUAACCCCUGGACUGAUGUGAGGAAGAGGGAGGACGUCCAGAAACUAAACAUUAGCUUCCCCUAUGGACCGAUUCCUAAAGAUUUCCAGCUGCGUAUCCGCCAGCACUACUAUGCUGCUGUGUCUUACAUGGAUAGUCAAGUUGGACGGCUACUCAGUGCCCUCGAUGAGCUGGGCUUGGCUAACAACACUGUGGUUGUGUUCACCUCGGAUCAUGGUUGGUCUUUAGGUGAACAUGGUGAAUGGGCAAAAUACUCAAAUUUUGAUGUGGCAACACGUGUCCCUCUAAUCUUCUAUGUUCCUAAUGUCACUACGCCAAGUGGCCAACCUUUAGGGUAUACCUUCCCUUUUGUUGACAUCUUCAACAAACCAGAGCUCAGCUUUAAGAACGAUGGAGUGACAGAAAAUAUGGUGGAGUUGGUGGAUAUCUUUCCUACCCUCUCCUACAUGUCUGGCCUCAUAGCCCCUGAACCUUGUCCUGAUUUUUCUUUCCAGGAGGAGCUAUGUACAGAGGGAGACAACCUGGCCUACACUUUUUACCAGAGCGAUGCCAAGGAUGCUGAAAAGGUAGCAUUUAGUCAGUACCCUCGCCCUGCUGAUACACCACAGGAGAACUCUGACCUUCCUGACCUGAAAGACAUCAAGGUUAUGGGUUACUCUGUGCGCUGCUGGUACUACAGAUACACUCUGUGGCUGGGAUUCAACCCCAAAACAUUCCAGGUAGGAAUUCAAGCAUCUCACUUACCUGGCAAGCAUGAGAAUUCUCUAAGUUUAUUCUGUUCAGCUGUCUGUCUAGGGCUGAGGAUCAGACUUCAUUAA